GGCAUGGAGACGCGAGCUGCCUGAAUUUGAGAGGACAGCAACGUCUUGCAGAAAACACUUGCGGUGCGCUUCAGAAGCUUUUUAAAGAAGUAAACUGGAGAUAUUCAGCUUAUGAGUGUAAAGAUUUGACGCUCCAGAGAAGAGUCAUGGGCGGUGUUUCCCGUCUGUGUGCGUCCUCCAGAGGAAAGAAAAAGCUCCCAUAUGGGGGGAGAGAGCUCGGGGGCUCCAUGCAGGAAACAAGUCGACUACAUGCAUGAAUCCGUGUUCACUGCUGGAGAUUGAACCAACGAUUAAAAACACAUUCUGCACACAUCACCAGGAUGUGGUGGAGCAUCCGGAGCUAAGUGAUCCAUGAGCCCGGGCAGCGACCCUCUCCUCCUGGGCUGGAGAAGCGCCAGUGUCACCGCCUGGGACUAUCCGUACCCCUUCACUGUCUGUCACCGCAUGUUGCCUAACCCUAGCUGGCUUUAGACUACUACAUGUCCCGCCUCCCUUUAGGUGACACUCACUCACACACACACACACACACACACACACACACACACACUCCGAGCUGCACUUGUGUCCACCGACAUGGAUAAACUCACCGUGAUAUCAGGAUGCCUCUUCCUCGCUGCAGACAUCUUCGCCAUCGCCAGCAUCGCCAACCCGGACUGGAUCAGCACUGGAGAAUCAUCUGGCUCUAUGACUGUGGGUCUCGUCCGGCAGUGCCAGACCAUCCACGGCCGAGACCGGACCUGCAUCCCCCCGCAGCUGCCCCCCGAGUGGAUCACCACGCUCUUCUUCAUCAUCCUGGGCAUCAUCUCGCUCACCGUCACCUGUGGUCUGCUGGUGGUGUCACGCUGGCGCCGCGAGGCCGCCCGAUACGCCCGAUGGAUCGCCUUCACAGGGAUGGUCCUGUUCUGCAUGGCUGCUCUCAUAUUCCCCAUCGGCUUCUACAUCAACGAGGUUGGAGGACAGCCAUAUAAGCUCCCCAACAACACAGUGGUGGGCUCCUCCUACGUGCUCUUCAUUCUGUCCAUAUUCUUCACCAUCGUGGGACUGCUGUUUGCUGGGAAGGUAUGCCUGCCUGGCUGACCUCCUCCUCUUUUUUGUAUCUUUGGAAGAACACUACCACUGGAGGCAAACAUGUGUUACAAUCGCCUCUUCCGUUGCCAGUGUUGGAAGUAUCGUUGAGGUGAAACAAAACUGAGAAGCACCCGUUUGUGUUUUCCCUUUUGGAUGAAUUGUCAUGGGAGUCGAUAUCAUCGCGUCACAUCUGUUCAGAGCAGGCGCAGAGAGCUCGGACAUGGCCCUCACCAUCGACGUCCUGAACAAUGAGUAGGAAGUAGGGGAGCCCUGCUGUAUUACCUGUCAUCUUAAGCCUCAUCACAUCAACCAAGAUGCACACUGACAUGUCAGCCAGUCGCCUCCAAUAUGAUGGAAACUCUUCCCUGACCAAAGCUACAUGGAGCAAUCUGUAAUAUAUUCAAGAAAAGUUUCCCUUUAUUGCCACAUUUUAUUUAUUUAUGUUUUUAUUUUUUUGUAAAGGUAUGUAUCCCAGAGAACAGUAUGUGGUGGAUCACUUUGCCUUAAAGAGCUGUUAACCUUAAAAUAACUAUUGUUGAGUUGUAAUGUUUUGGGAACAACAAUUGUGGAUAGAUGAAAUGAUUCAACACCAAAAUGUUUGAACUGGAAUGUAAAAUGGGGCAACAUCUGUCCAUUCAUUCAAGGAUCAUUAUGGGGUUGAGAAAUAUAAAGGUGUGUCUGUGAUGUGUCUGGUCCCUCUAUCACAGCUUUGUUCCUUUAGUGAUGUCGUGAACGUACCUUUUUGAGCAUUUCCAGUUGUUUUAACACUGUACCAAGAGAUGACUGAAUCUAUGAGUAGUUUGUUUUAUAUAUUCGAAGCACUGUGAUGUUCUUGAAUGAGAAUGGAAGAUCUCAUCUCAUUAAAAAAAUUACUCAUUUGAA